GGCAUUGAGAAUAUGAGAAUCGACUCGCGCGGUAGCGGCGAUAUUUUACUAAAUACGUGUUUGUGUGUUUAGAAGUGUGGUGGGUGAAAUAAAUUUUAAUCAACAUUUCCAAAUGAAUACAUAUAUAUGGCGUGGAGAAUUCUUCAAUUUGGCGCUCUGUUUGCAAUAGGAUGUACAUUGGAGUCUAAUUCCGAUUCAGCGUUUGGCGGGAAAGCCGUUAAAACACCCAACAUAAACCUGUCCUUAAGAGUGAUCGAUCCGCAGGAUGUGAUUGUUCAGAAAGAACAAAGUGCACGUUUCAAGUGUGAAGCAGAAUCUCGGAAAGGCCAAGUACAGUACACUUGGUUCCACAAUGAACAGAAAAUUCUCGAGGACGAUCCCAAUCGAAUCGUUCGCGACAAUGGAGAUCUGUAUAUUCCGAAAGUUAUUUCGAGCAAAAAUUCGGACGUCGAAUACGUGGGAGAAUAUCGAUGUUUGGUCAAAAACCGAGCAGGAGCUCUUUUAUCCAAUGUGGCCAAGUUGAAAAUAGCCUCUAUGGAAAAAGAGUUUUCGAUCAAUCCCGUGAACUCUACUGUUUACCUCUCUCAACCCAUAAUACUCCGUUGUGGUAUUCACUCUACACCUCCCGUUGAUAUUCAAUGGGAGUUUAAUAAUGAUCUUAUACUACCUCACCAACAAAGCUAUGUUCCUUUGCCCAAUGGGGUUCUGUUAAUACAAAAGUCUCUGAGUUCUCAUAGUGGAGCUUAUAGGUGUAAAGCAACAAAUGAUUUACUUAAUAAAACUAAAUAUAGUAAAAUAGCAUAUAUAACGGUGUUGCCGGAAUUAACUGAAGCAACAAUACCUUCGAUUCUACCUCUUGACAUUUCACCGAAUGUUACUGUCCUUAGUGGUGAGAAACUCACCUUAUAUUGUGCUGUGAUGGGAUGGCCUAUACCUACAGUACAAUGGCUUAAAAAAGACAGUAUAGUCCUAGGUAACACGUCAGCUUUGGAAAUAACUGAUGUAAAUACCAACCAUACAGGCAGCUAUACGUGUAUAGCAUACAACAGCAUGGGCCGUACGAGUCACACUUUUAACGUGGUAGUCAAACAAAAGCCUACGUUCAUUGUUACACCGUUGUCGAAGUCCUACCCUGCUGCUAUUACUGCUAGAUUAGAAUGUCGCGCCACUGGCAUACCUGAACCUAGUAUUAAAUGGUUGAAAGACGGACAGCCUUUAAAAUUCGAUUCUAGAGUGAGAAGGCAGUCCAACGGGAUUAUUUUUAGUCAUACUUUUAGAAACGACUCAGGAAUGUAUCAAUGCAUCGCCUCCAAUUCUGUUGGAAGAGUUUGGACAGCUGUUCAAAUAGAUAUUAUAAAUGUUUCGCAAACGCCCAGUCCCCCGCAGAAGUUAAAAUGCCGACCAUACAACUCGUCCACCAUCUGUCUAAGUUGGAAGUCACCCAUAAACGUUAGUGUGACAGCUUACAGCGUGCAUUCUUUCUACAAUAAUAACGGUUUGGAAUCUGUUGGACCUGACUAUGCAAGAAACGUCACUUCCAUGGAAGCUGCUGGCCUAAAUAGCAGUACAGAAUAUACUUUCUACGUCAUAUUAUACGCCCCAGGUGGCAGUGAUCCAUCUGAAAAAGUCACCUGCAAGACCGGUACCAUGGGAAACAGAAAUUUGGACAUUGAACAAUACAAAGACAACAAAGAUAACAGUUCUGUACUUCUGAAAUGGACUGAAAUUAGUACUGAUGUUUCUUGCACCGGCGAAAAAUUUGUUUACAAAGUCCAGUGGAAAAGCGAUCUAUCCUGGUCUCCCCAUAGUGGACAAACGAGAAAGAAGUAUUAUAUUGUUAAGGACCUAAUUCCUGGUGUAGAGUACAAUUUCCGCGUAGUUUCCACGAACAAAGACGACAAGGAAACUAGCCCGUGGACACCAUACAUAAUUCCAGAUCCAACAAAUAGUACAAACGUCAAUGGAUUGGAAACAAACACAACCAGUGAACUGGCACCUUUACCUCCGUCGCAAAUUAGGGCCAUUGCCCAGUCGCCGUUUUCUGUCAAACUUAGAUGGAACAACGCGGAUAAAAGUACAAAGUUUUAUAUGAUUUGUUAUAUAGCGGACGGAGAAAGCAGUGAAUGUGAACAAAAGAGGCUGUUGAAAAGUUUUCCUAACAAGCUGCAAGUAAGAAAACUUAAACCUAAUACUAUUUAUGAGUUCAGGGUAAGAGCUCAUAAUGCUGACGGGGUAGCGGGAAUUUUUUCUGACCCCGUUCGUGUUAAGACAUGGGCUGAUGUUCCUUCUCCCGUUACCGACCUAAAGUACAAAGUUCUAAACGAAACCACUGUGUACUUGCAGUGGCAUAAGCCUAAAGUGUCCGACAGCAAGAUUGACAAGUACAUCAUUUCGUACACCCCAGAUAUCAACUGGCCUGUGGAGAAGUGGAUAAACGUCACAGUAUCGACCAAAGAUCAAACCGGCCGUAUGUACCAACAAUGUAAAGAGCUAUCGGAUGAUUUUGUUUGUAUGGUAUUGGGAAAUUUGCACUACGAGACACGAUACACGAUUUUAGUAAGAGCGGUAUCGGAUAUCGGGCUCGGUAAACCUGCUUUGCCACUAGAUGUCACUACUAGUAUGAAGGUCGCUCAACCCGAGGUCUCUACAACGGAUGUGAAGUACGACCAAAAAGUUGGGUUUAUAAUUGGUACGAUAAUAGCCCUGCUAUGCAUAGUCUGCUGCAUGGCGUACAUUCUAGUCCGCCGGCGAUGCGUCAAACGGAGAGCUUUAGCCAGAUCCAGGAUGGCACCUUCCAAUAAUUACUAUCCCGCGGUUGCGCAUUACGCGUCCGAAGUGGGAGCAGUCCAAGUCCGAUUAGAGGAAGUGUGCGAUGCUGAAGAGCAAGAGAGUCAAUUUUUGGUAUCCGAAGGAACGACUAACAUACCUCCUGUCCAAGCUGAUCAUCUUGAUACAAAGGGAGGAGAAGAGUUUCCAAACGGGCAUACAAAUGGAUCAGCUAAACCCUAUAUGAACGGUCAUGUCCAUAUUACAGAAAAUCCACAGUUUCAUUAUGCCUUCAACUGCAACGGUCAGGUGGCCAACAAACAGCAAGAAAGAUUCACCCCUCUGCGCUUCGAAGAAGACUCGAAUUCCAACGUCAAACCUUCGAAAUUCUACGACCUGCACAAACUUUUCGAAAACUCGAAGAAACUGAAGACCAACCACCAUCGUUGCAACCCGCACUUCGGCCAAAGCGAAGACAUUCGCAGUUCUUGCGACGAGGUCCAUUCUUCGGAAUCUUCUCGAGAUGUCUCCCUGAAUGGAACGUCUUUGAACGGAACUCAGAUGACUACCUUAAAUGAAACGUUGAAUGCGACUGACACGAGCAGGAGAAAGAGUCCCAUUCUGGGUCCUAACGGGUAACGUUAUUAAAGAAAAAUACGACAAUGACUAGAAGAAUUUUUUAAGUUUCUAAAUUUUUUACUCCAGCUUUUUUUCUGUGAAAAUUGCGGUGGAAAAGUGUUUAUCUCGAAUAUUAUUUUUUUAAAUAGCUGUAUUUGUUAUGAGCCCAGGCUCAAAAUGGGUUAACAGGUAAGGACAAGGCUUUAAUAUAUGCAAAAUCUUUGUAAAUGAAACGAAAAACUAUUAUAACAAGAGUAAAAUGAAUGUCAACUAAAAAAAUGAAAAUUUAAUUUGCUGUGAAGUGAUAGCCGCAAAAAAAUUCGAUCAGAUAGCUUGGUUUUCUGCUUUCAUUUUCUGUACUCAUGUUCUGCUGAAGUAUUAUCCCUUUGUUUUUAUUUAUAAUAUUCCUUUAUUUUUUACUUUGUUUCUUUUACUAUAUCAAUGAGUUGAGUUGGAAUAAUAAACUCUUUUAGUGCAUGGAUUAGAAAUUCUCGAUGGAUACUAGCAUAGGCACUCUCAAAGUCAAUGAAAAGAUUAUGUGUGUCUAUAUUAAAUUCACUAGUCUUUUCCAAGAUUUGUCUCAAGACGAAGAUCUGAUCUGUUGUGGACUUCUGCCUGCAGAAACCACAUUGAUAUCCAUCAACUAUUUGUUCUGCAUGUGGUCUCAAUCGGUCAUACACAAUAUUUGACAGUAUUUUAUAUGCCACAAUUAGUAGCGUUAUUGCCCGAUAGUUUUUACAUUGAUGCUAAUCUCUCUUUUUAUGUAGUGUGAUGUACUCCUGUAUUCCAGUCUUGUGGCAGUUUGUUUAUUAUUCCAUAUGUUCACUAUUAGUUCGUGUAUAGCAUUCAAUAAGGAGUCUCCACCUUCCUUUAUUAAUUCUGCGCUAAUGUUGUCUAAUCCAGGUGACUUGUUGUUUUUUCAGUCUGGUAACUGUUUCUUGCAUUUAAGCUACUGAAGGGGGGUUGUUUCUCUGGUAUCCGUUGAUCCAGUAUAAGUCCAUCAUAUAGUGGAUCUUCGUUUUUUUUUCAAACUUUUCUUUGAAGAAUUAUGUCCAUUUUUGUAGUAUUUCAUUUUGUUGAGUUACUAUAUCUCCUCCUUUAUCCCUGCACAUCAUUGUUGUCUUGGUUUAAAUUCUUUUCUACUUUUGUUAAGUUUUUGGUAGAAUUUUCUGGUUUCUGAUGGUUUAUUUAGUUCUUCCAUUUGGAGUUCCUUUUCUAUUUGUUUUCUUUUAUUUCUGCGAUGGUUUUUCUUCUCUUCCCUCCUUAGCAUUCUAUAUUCCUCCUCUGCCUUUCGUGUUCUAUGUCGUUGUUGUAGCCGUUGAUAUGCAUUAUUUUUCCUCUCUGUUAUCUUACGACACUCUUCAUCGAACCACUGUCCUUCAAUUGAUUUGACUAAAAAAAGUUUUAAAAAGAUCCGUCACU